GUACAUGGAACGGUAGAACACAUCAUUUCAAAUAUUUAAUCAUAAAAUUCAAAAUUAUCAAUCCAAAAAAUUAAUGUCUUCUUCAACGUUGCAAUUUUAGUGGGUCCCACUUACAUCUCCAUCUAUUUAUCCAUCUUUUCCCUAAUUUCUCCAAAUUUCUCUGAUUUGAUUUUCAAUUUUCAUAUACUAAACCCUCAAAAAGAAGGAAAAUUCACUCCAAUAAUUUAAAAGAGCUUCACUCUCUCCAUUCAAACACUCAUUUUCUGCUUGCCUGUGCAUUUUGUAUAAGACAACUAAUUUAGUAAUUAAUCCUGCUAGCUUCUUGCCUCUGCAAUAGUGGUUGUGGGAGCUUCAAGGAGUCAAGACUCGGGUGGAAGCUAACCAUCAAAGCACCUUAUUAGAUUUUAUUGCAUCUAUGGCAACAAAUGAAAAUCUUCCACCAAAUGUCAUCAAGCAGCUUGCAAAGGAAUUGAAAAAUCUUGAUGAAACACCUCCGGAAGGAAUUAAAGUGGGUGUUAAUGAUGAUGAUUUCACAACUAUUUUUGCUGAUAUAGAUGGCCCAGCUGGGACCCCAUACGAAUAUGGUAUCUUCCGCAUGAAAUUGAUCUUAUCAAGUGACUUCCCACAUACUCCUCCCAAAGGUUAUUUCCUUACCAAAAUUUUUCAUCCAAAUAUCGCCAAUAAUGGUGAAAUUUGUGUCAAUACUUUGAAAAAGGAUUGGAACCCUACUUUGGGAUUACGACAUGUUCUAUUGGUUAUAAGAUGUUUACUCAUAGAACCGUUCCCUGAAUCUGCGUUAAAUGAACAAGCUGGCAAGAUGCUACUUGAAAAUUAUGAAGAGUACGCAAGGCUUGCUAGAUUGUACACAGGAAUUCAUGCGAAACCAAAAUCUAAACUAAAGCACGGAGCUAUUUCUGAGUCAACCAAAGCCUUGAACGUUGAUCAGCAUAACAAAGCAUCAGAUCAGAAGAACGCGUUAGUGAGCAGUGGGGCCCCACCACCAUCCCCUCUUGCUCCAUCAACGGCUAGCUGCAAGGAAACUAGCCUUCUUGAUCAGCCAAACAGAACUGUUGCUUCCACUCCACCCUCAAGUGAAGACGGAGCUGUCGGGUCAUCAACUGCCCCGACAGCUGCACCUGUAGCACAAAAGAAGGGCGUUGUGAAAGCUCAGGCAGAGAAAAAGAAGAUCGAUGCUAGAAAGAAAAGCCUGAAGAGAUUAUGAUCGACAUUUGUUGAAAGAAGACGGUGGUUGACAUCCAUACAUUGUUUGAUUUGAUUGUUUUUCCUCUUAUCCUCCCGGUUCCUAUGUAACUGAUAUCCAUACAUUUUGUUCAUUUCGCCUCCAUAAAUGGGAGGCUCCAUAGACAAGUUGCUUUGACAUACUGUAAUAAAUUUAUAUAUAUGGGAGUCUUCUGUCAUUGAGCUUA